GACUUUAUCACUGUUAACUAUUGGUUUUGAGCAACUCAACUUCAUCGAUGACUACCAUCACAGUUGGCAUCAUUACAAUUAGCGAUACCGCUUCAAUCGACGCUAAUGCAGAUAGAUCUGGACCAACCAUACGAGAAAUUAUACAACAAAACGGAUGCGAAUGCAAACGAUCUGCUAUUGUUCCAGAUGUAGGGGAAACAAUAAAAGAGACAGUCGAGUCCUGGUGUGCUGAGCAAUCGGUUGACUGGAUCAUCACCACUGGUGGGACCGGAUUCGGGGUGCGGGACAGGACUCCUGAAGCUAUAUCCCCGCUUAUCGAAAGAGAAGCCCCUGGGCUAGUUCACCUAUUACUGUCUACAUCCCUCAAACAUACGCCAUUGGCUGCUCUUUCGAGGCCUGUCGCAGGAACGAUCAAGAACACUCUCAUCGUCACGUUACCAGGAAGCGUUAAAGCAGUGAAAGAAAACCUAGAAGCCCUCUUUACUAAUGGGCUGAUAGGACACGCCAUAGAUCUAGUUAAAGGAGGUAGUGGGAAGCAAGUACAUGCCGCUAUGGGCUCGAGUCACACUCAUAGUCAUCCCGACGGGGCUUCUCAUGGCAAAGGGCAUAGCGGUCACCACCAUCACCGUCACCAUCAUCAUCAUCACGGACAAGACCACGGGCACUAUAUUCCACAACCCCGUACAACGCUGUCGCAUGAUCCCGCUCUGCCUGCUUCAGCCCGCCACCGUGUGUCUCCCUAUCCUUUGAUCUCUCUGGAGAAAGCGCUGCAGAUUAUCCUGGUUGAAGUGGAGUCCCUAAAGACUGUCAGCCAUCUCGUUAAUCCAACGUUGAAAGGUCACGUUCUCGCCGAGGACGUGUACGCCCCUCAAAAUGUUCCCUCUUCCCAGACUACAAGUGUAGAUGGAUAUGCUCUUCGAUCCACCGAUCCUCCGGGAGUGUACAAGGUUUUGACAGCGCAAAGCCACAUACGCUCUGAUGUUAUACCUGAGGGUUCGAUAUAUCGCAUAAACACAGGAGGGCCUCUGCCGGCUGGUGCAGACACUGUCAUUAUGGUAGAGGAUACCCAGCUCGUCUCCACUUUGAAAGAUGCAAAUGGGGAAGAUCUAGAAGAAAAGGAGGUUCAAACUCUAGCUCAGAUUCCUCCUGGGGAAAACUGUAGAGAACCAGGAUCAGAUGUGCAAAAGGGGGAUCUUGUCUUACAAAAGGGUGACAUGUUGACCAGCCUUGGAGGCGAGAUUGGUACCUUGGUCUUUGUCGGUCGAAAGGAGGUACAAGUCUUUCGAAAACCAAUAAUUGCCAUCUUGAGUACUGGAAACGAAAUCGUUGACUUACAAUCUCCUCAGCCAUACUCCGGGGAUGACUGGGGCGGAAUAUGGGAUACGAACAGACCUUCGUUACAAGCAGCGCUUGAGGGAAUGGGUUACAGUGUUGUAGAUCUGGGUGUUGUCCCCGACGAUAUCGGAGAGCAUGUAACAGCGAUCAAGAAAGGCCUCGAGAGCGCAGAUAUUCUUCUUACAACAGGAGGCACAUCUAUGGGUGCUAGCGAUCUCUUGAAGCCGGUAAUAGAACGCCAUUUCAAUGGUACCAUCCAUUUUGGUCGCGUGACAAUGAAGCCUGGAAAGCCUACUACAUUCGCCAGUAUACCUACGACAGACGCGGAUCAUGGUAAAAAGUUCAUGUUUGCUUUACCCGGAAACCCUGCCUCGGCCCUAGUUACAUUCCAUGUCUUUGUUGUACCAGCUCUCCGAAAAUUGGGUGGUUGGCCUAAUGAACAGUGUCAACUGCCUCGCGUACGGGUCAAGGUACAAAAUUCAAUGCGUCUCGACCCGCGGACAGAAUUCCACCGCGUCAUUGUAUCGUCUGGAGUGAGUGGCCUACAAGCAACUAGUACCGGCGGGCAACGUUCGAGCAGGGUUGCUAGUCUGAGCGGCGCAAAUGGGUUAGUCGUCCUUCCAAUCUUGAAAGAAGGAGGACCAAACGUUCUAGAAGCUGGAGAAUAUGCAGAUGCUGUCAUUAUAGGGGAGAUACAAAUGUAAAAUAGAAUAUCGUACAUAUGGGGAACCUUUUGAAGAUGUAUUACGAUCUCACAGAAUUAUAAAGUAGAAAGUUUCUUCUGUUCCUGUACAAAUACAUUGAGCGUUUU